AUGCGAUCCAGCGCUUCUCCAGCUCCACCAUCAUGCCUUGCAACGUCCGGAAAAAUCGAUGCGGUUGGUCUCGAGCACGACGUUGAGGAGUAUAGUUUCAGCGACAUUUUGGCAAAUCUGCUUGUUUCCAUGAAAAUAUUCGUUAGAGAAGACAUAUCUAGAUUGAGCAAAGAGGAAAUUCCUUUGAAAGUUCACCAAACGCUAACGAAUCGAAGAUAUUUUAUCGUAAUUGAUGUUAUGUGGAGUACCAACGCCUGGGAUGAGAUAAAGCCCUAUUUCUCCAACAACAACCACACAAGUAGGAUAAUAUUGACCACGAGGUUAGAGGAUGUGGCUGGGUAUAUUGUUCGUCUGGAGAAAUUCCAUCAGAUGCAAUAUUUGAAAGACGAUCAGAGUUUGAGUCUGCUUAAGAAGGAGCUGUGUAAAGGGGAAUGUCGGCUUCCGAUGGUGGAAACGAUGGAAGACAUAGCAACGAGGAUCACGAGGAGCUGCGGAGGGCUGCCCCUCGCGAUUGUGGUGACCGCGGGACUUCUCUCUGAUAAAGGGGGAGUGUGGAAGGUAUAUACAUGUGGAAGCAGGAGAGUGGUUUACCCAACCGAAAGUGAGGAUAUUGAGGAAGAAGUUCAGCAAACUGAAAGUGAGGAAAUGGGGGAGUAA